UUUCGCUGCACGGAAUGUUUCAAUGCCCCGCUCCUUUGUCGCCCGUGCAUGAUCAACGCCCAUACUUGGAACCCUCUACACCGCAUAGAGCGAUGGACGGGAGCCUUCUUCGAGCGUAUGCAGCUGAGUGAACUCGGCCUCGUCUUCUCUGUCGGCCACCACGGGCGUCCGUGUCCUUCCUCGUUCGGUGACCCGCCGAGCAAAUUAACAGUCGUACAUACGACAGGCGUUCACACGUUGUCGGUUCAGUACUGUGAGUGUCGUAAGGAUCAACACAUCGAGGAGCGUCCUAUCCAGUUGUGGAAUGCAGGUUUGUGGCCCGCGUCAUUCUCGCGGCCACAGACCGUCUUCACAGUGCAUGUACUCCGGUUGUUCAGCCAUCUCACGUUCCAAGCCAAAACUACUGCACACGACUUCUAUGGUACGUUGCGAAGAAUGACCUCAAAUGCGUUCUUUGAAGAUGUCAAGGAUCGAUAUCGGGAGUUCAUGACGGCGCACCGACAAUUCCACUAUGUCCAUACCUUGAAACGGUUUGCACUUGACGUCAAGAAGAAGCUCGACCCCGGUUGUCUAGCCUUGCGGUGCCCGGCAUGUCCGCACCCCGACAUCAACAUGGAUGUCAACUGGAGAGACCGUCCUGACAACGAGCGGUACAAGGAUGCACUGCAUUACGCCAAGGACGGGAAUUUCAGCCUCAGCCAACACGACAAGAAGAUGGAUCAUGAAGACCUGCCCCUGAUGGAUGGUGCCGCAUACUACGUCAACAGCAAGGAUUAUCGCGACUAUCUAGAGAAGAUGCAGGUAUACUCGGAUGCGCAAGACGAGACCGGAACGUGCAGCAAUUUCAACGCCCUCUCCGAUCGUUACAAGGGCAAGAUCAAGUCUGGGCAGGUCGGGUUAUCGUGCACACGGCACGGCUUCGUUCUCCCUUGCGGCACCGUUGACUUACACGUCGGUGAGCGGUAUGCGAACGUUGAUUACGCCACACUCUCGGGCCUGCAGUGGUUUUUGUCGCUCUUCCUCAUGAUUGGGUCGUACGACGUCCACUGCAAGUAUGGCAUCAACUGGUGGUCACGUCUCAAGAACAUCGCGUCCGUCCUACCGUCGAUCCCAGGGGUUUCGAUGGCCAGAGAGGCAUGGCCUGCCAUCCGUCGCUGCGUUCCUAAGUGGCACCUGGCGUCGCAUACGGGGCUGUGCCGCUUUUUCUUCUCUUUCUACUACACGCCUGGUGUCGGUAACACAGAUGGGGAAUCUGUAGAGCGCCGUUGGGCGGUGCUGAAUGCCAUCGGACGUUCGGUCCGCGAGAUGGGCCCAGGUCAUCGCCAAGACGUGAUUGAUGCACACAACUCGGAUUUUAAUGCACAGAAGACGUUCAAGUUGGCGCGACAUUUGCAAUCCAAACUCACGGACGCACAUACAUUUUACCAGAAACACCAAGAACAACUCGACGAUUUGGAGGCCACUUUGCACAAAAACGGUCGGCCACUCGCACAGUGGAAGAUUGAAGAAGCCGAGUACAUCGCGCAGCAGACGGACAGAAACUUCGACACGAAGAACAAGCUCAAGAACCCUUAUCAGCCUGCCCCAGACGAAGCGCCAACCACGCAAGACAUCCUGAUGCAGCUCAAGACGGAACAUGCAUCUGGUCUUGAGGCUGAAAUGCAGGCUCACGCAAUCAAGCGCAAGGUGGACGAAAUGGAGGAGGUCCCGAAUGCUCACGCGAACCCACGUGAUUUAGGUGAACUUCUCAUGACCGCAUUGGACCUAGAGCGGAAGCAAAGGAUGUUGAAGGCCAAGGUUGUGGCAUACGAGAAGGAACCGUCAUCGGAGCUGUUCAAUGACAUCGAAAACGAACGCGACCAACUUAAUGGGGAGAUCAAGGACUGGCUCAUAUGGCAGGCUCGGGUCAUGGGCGCCCAGUUGUUGUCCCUAGAGGCGCAACUUGACCAGAGCGGAUGGGUGGGAAGUACGGCGGGCCACGCAGAGGACAUAACAAUCCUAGUGCCCUCUGCAUACCCCUCCGUCAUCCGUCGGCUGGCCGAGUUCGCGCCCCUACUCACGGCUGAACGACGUCUGCGGGAAGCUCACGCGCACGAUACGCUGAGGAAAGUCCGCCAGAAGCUUCAUUUUGAGGCAUUCUACAAACAACAGAACGCCGGUACCUUCGGUCAACAGGCGCACACCAGGUAUUCGAAACUAAGGGCAACUGAAAGAUCGAAAAUCGAGUCUCUACGCCAAGAGUACGAAUUCACUCGCCUGAAGGUUGCCCGAAUAGCGUGCACGGGGAACCCAUGUACCCUAGAGCCCCUGCGAGAGGAGGACUGUCGUCCACCUGUAAUCGCGGAAGAACGACCAGGUAGGAAGCAUGAGUCUGUGUGUUGGAUCUGGCGAGACCAGACGUACCAUGGGUCGAGUCUGGAGAAGUGGGCGCUGGAAGGUGAGUAUCGUCCAGCUACACGUGUAGAGUGGUUUCGCGCGAGCGCGCGGACUGCACGUUGGAGGGAAGAAGUCGAGAUUGUGAAGGAAGAAAUGCGGCGGGUCCAACGUUUCUUCGCAUAUUUCAUGCGGUUGUGGGAUGCACGCGCGUCCACAUUCUGCAGUAACCAAGAAGAGCGAGGGGCGGCUGCCUACGCGGCGAGGUGCGUUGAAAGCCUUCCGAUAGGCUGCUGGUUAAUAUCUUGA